ACCAAUCAAUAUUCAUUUUGACAGCCCUUGUCGGAAUAGUUUUCUUCUGCUAGAACCAACCCACCAAAAGAACAUUUUCUAAACUACUUUAUCCAAAUCCAAGCAUAUCGCUCACCCUAUUGGAACAGGAACAGUGAAUGAGAGUGAUAUAAUCUCCAUCUCUAACAACGUGUCUGUCAAACUUUAUCAACAUAACCCCAAAAACAAAAACGUUGCUUGAUAAUUAUUAUUGGAUUAAGCUAUUUUUAAAUGAAAAAAAUAUGCUGGUCACGUGUAAUUUAUGACUGAAAUCAGCAAAGUUCAAAAACCCUUAAGAACCAUAGUGAAGUUCAAAGCAUGAAGCAGCUACUAAUUUUUGCUUCCAACUUCUUUCUGGUAGUGGGGUACAAACCAGUGAUACUUUUACAUGGAAUCAUGACUGGAUUUGAAAGUUUGGAACUAAUCAAAACUAGAAUAGAACAGAAACACCCUGGAACAAUAGUAUAUAACAUUGAGAGGUUUGGAGGAUGGUCUAGCUUAGAUAAUAUGUGGUAUCAAGUAGCUCAGCUCAGUGAAAAUUUGAAAAACAUCACAGACAAUCAUCCUGAAGGUGUAAACUUCCUGGGUUAUUCCCAAGGUGCGCUAUUAGGCCGGACAUUAUUACAAGCAAAUCCAGACCAUAAUAUCCAUAGAUACAUUUCUCUAAGUGGACCACAAGCUGGACAAUAUGGAACUCAGUUUCUACAUUUCUAUUUUCCUGGGUUAGCUCUCAAAACAGCAUUUGAAUUGUUUUAUUCCAGAGUUGGACAACAUACUUCAGUAGGCAACUAUUGGAAUGAUCCUUACCACCACAGUUUAUACUUAAACUAUUCCCAGUACCUGCCUUAUGUUAAUAAUGAAAUUAUUGGUACAAAAAGUGAAGAAUUUAAAAAUGCUUUGACAAAACUUGAUAUGUUAGUUUUGAUUGGGGGUCCUGAUGAUAAUGUUAUCACUCCAUGGCAAUCUAGGGAAUUAUUGACCAUUCCAUAAAGCCAGGCCAUGGCCGCCUUUACUCUUGGCCGGAGCCUUAGAUGUGGCAACGUAGCUUACCUGUCAAACAGAGCAGAGGGUCGGUCGGCCCGUUAAGAAGAGUCCUACGUCCGCAAGCCCCUAUGUCGUGAACGGUUUAGAAAAUUAUUGCAUUUUUUAUUAGGAUAUACCCUAUUUCACGAAUAUCCAUCACGAUACAAUGACAGUUGAUUAUCUCGUAAUAUUUCAAAAUUCCCCAUAUCAGCACAGGACACAUAAUUCUGACGGAUCCGUCAACCUCGGGUAGUCAAAGCUGUAUUUUGUUUUGGUUUUUUGUACGCUACAGAUUUAUUUUGUACUUGUUAAAGUUUUCUAUAUUUACACCCAAUUCAUUAUUGCCACCGUUGCAGACUAACACAAACAUGUCACUUGCUGAUCGGCAGUGUUCACCUCAGUGGACGUCAAAGCGUGAUGGAUACUCGUGAAAUAUGGUAUAGAUGUAAUUGUCAUAAAAAUAAAAAACUCUAUAUGACUUA